AUGAUCUCAGUCACAGCUUUACUACUGCUUUAUCUAUCUGUGACGGCUCUUGGUCAACAACGGCACAAGGAUAAGGACGAUGCUUAUGUGGAUUUGAUCGCACUUAAUUUAAUCACCGAAGGGUGUAGUGCUGACUCUUAUUAUGGUUACGGUAUUGUUGAUGGCAGCCUCGAGAAAUGUGACAAGUAUGAAGAAGCGAAAAGCGGUGGUGGUGAGGUCAGUGCUGAGUACGAAGAGAUCAAAUGUCGAACGCUGCGAGUGCAUGGUCGUAUGGUGGAUGGCAAAUGUGAAUGUAAGUCCGGUUGGAAAGGACCUUAUUGUAACGAAUACAACGGAUGUCCUGCCGGCUUCUCUCUUUACAACAGCGUGUUGGAUCUUAUUUACUACUACUUCUUAGUAUUUUCUGAACUUGUACUCCAAAUGCAUGUCAACAUAAUGGAACAAUUGCGAUCGGUUCCAAACAGAUCGAGUGCAUCUGUCAAGCACCAUGGGAUGGUAGAAACUGCGAGCGAUUGGCUUGCUGGAGAAUGGCACCCAAAGCAUGAACGUCGAUGGAGAAAUGCGCGUGAUAAAUGUCGUUGUGCUGAUGAAUAUGACGGAGAAAAUUGUGACAAGGUGGUUGCGUGUAAAAAUGAUGGCGAGUUGAUUGAUGGAAGAGUUGAGAUUGAAAUAGCUGACAUGACAUCAUUGGCCUGA